AUGCCCAAAGAAUCUUCAAAGAAAAGGAAUCGAAAUAAUCUUGUAACCAAUUCUAAUUUCAAUUCAAAUGAUGAAACUAAUAUUAUUAUCAAUAGUCCAAACAAUAAUCUUGUUAACAUCUUUAAGCCACCUUUCCCUCCAGCUUUAACUAUAGAUGAUCUUAUAAAGAACGCUCAGACUUCCGAUAAUAAACCGAAAAUGGUUCCAAACGCUUUUAUCGCGUAUAGAAUGGCAUUAAUUCGAGAAUAUCGUAUUAAAAAUAAAAAUAUUAAAUUACCUCGUAUGGGAGUUUUUUCUAGAAUUGCAGAAAAUUCUUGGAAUAAAGAGCCACAACAUGUAAAAGGUUAUUACAAUAAAUUAACCCAAGAUGCAAAAUUAUUUUACAAGCAAAAUACUAUUCAAAUCGUUCUAGAUAAACAUAUGAUUAAUAUUAAUGACCAAAAAAGGGAACAGGUUCGAUUUCAAGAAUCAUCACGUGAUAAAAGACACUUAUUCUGUGACGCGAAAUCUGAUAUUGAGCCAAUUCAAGUUAAUGAUGUUAGCACGUCUCAUAUUUGUUCUAUUAACGCUAGUUUCAAAGAGGAAAUUAGAAUUUUGCAAGAAUAUGUUAAAAUUUUGGAACAAACUAUAGAUUCUUUAUUAGCCGUUGAUUAUAAAUUAUAA